AUGGCUCAGUUGGGUCUCUGUCUCGCAGGCACUCUGCACAGCCGGACCGUCGGAGGGCAUGAAGUCAGGCCUCACUCGCGACCUUAUGCAGCAGCUCUGAAAGAAAAUGGACAUUUUCACUGUGGGGGGUUCCUCGUGGCCCCCCAGUGGGUGAUGACUGCUGCCCACUGCAAUGGAAACCUCAAUGUCAUUCUGGGAGCUCAUGAUCUGAAUGCCGUCGAAGACACCCAGCAAGUGUUCGGGGUCGAAAGCUACCACCAGUUUCCCGGGUACAAAGUGCAUGGAGAUACAGCAUUCAGUGACAUCCUUCUUCUAAAGCUCGACCAUCGAGCCAGGCUGAACAAGUACGUCCAAGUCAUCCCUCUUCCAACGACUGAGAAUGACCUCCCAAAGGGCACGGAGUGCUUUGUGGCUGGAUGGGGACGGAUCGACAACAGCGAGGAAGCCUCACCAAAGCUAUUCGAGACCCACGUCACCAUCCCCAGCCGCAGGAUGUGCCUCCAGUUUAUCCGGGAAAUGACCGAUGAGAUGUUGUGUGCCGGCAGCCCCACCAAGCUCUCUGACGUCAGCAACGGGGACUCCGGAAGUGCCUUGGUGUGCAACGGGGUGGCCCACGGAAUCGUCUCCUAUGGCUUUCAAGUCCCACCAUCCGUUUACACCCGGGUCGCUGCCUUCCUUCCGUGGAUCAAAUGGAUUCUCAAGUAAAGUCUGAGAGGAAGGAAACGCCCACCGGAUCCUUCAAGUCCAUCCCAGCUUUUUCUUACCUGCUAGAUUAUGCCUUUUUCCCCUCCUAGAGAGAGUUCUGUGUGUUCUAAAAGGCUUAAGGCAGAUGCAAUAUUGCAUUAGCUCCU